AUGCAACGAACAUGGAAUCCAUGGUUGCAUUUCGGUAGGAACCGGAGGUGCUCGCCGGGCAAAAACUCCGACAGGCAUAUCACGCAUUCCGAGUCCAGUCCCGGCAGAUUCAUCUCGGCCGAGUAA